AUGACUGCAAUCGGUAACGCUACGAUGGAUUCUCACGGUGGAGGAGAACAUGCGAUUGGUACAGUGAUUUUAUUUUUAUCAUUUGCUGUCUUGGCUGGAUGUAUAUGCAAAUUAAUACUUUCACAAAUAUUGAAAAAUAAAUUUCCUGCUCCAUUCACAGUAAUCAUACUAAUUUUUGGCUUCAGUAUCGGUAUGAUUAUUGCCCAUAUUUAUGGUAUUAGCAAUGACUUUUUACUUGGUGAAAAAGAAUUGAGAGAAAUUAAUCCUCAUCUUAUUUAUUACAUUUUUUUACCGUUGCUGAUAUUCGAUUCCGCUUUUAACAGUCGUUUUCAUGUUAUUCGACCACAAAUCAUAUCUGCUAUACUUCUAGCCGGUCCGGGCGUGCUCAUUUCUAUUACUAUUGUUGCAGUGUUUGCCACCUAUAUAUUUCCUUAUCAUUGGUCUUGGCUAGUUAGUAUAAUGUUCGGAAGUAUUCUGAGUGCAACGGAUCCCGUUGCUGUUGUGGCAUUACUACACGAAUCAGGAGCGAGUAAAUCAUUAGCAGCAUUGAUCGAUCUUGAAUCAUUAUUGAAUGAUGGUUCUGCCUUUGUCAUCUUUAUGAUUUUUCGAGAUAUUGUCGUCGGUAAAAGUGAUAGUGCCAAGAAAAUUAUUAUUGAUAUCGUCAAGUUCACUAUCGGUGGUCCAGCUUUUGGCAUUGCCUGCGGCAUCAUUGCUGUAAUCGUUCUGAAUAUGGUCCAUAAUAAACUCGAAGUCGAAAUUAUAUCGACUUUUGGUCUUGCCUAUCUAAUUUUCUAUGUUGCUGACGUUGAACUCGGUGUUUCAGCUGUCUUGGCACUGGUGGUCAUGGGACUUUUCAUGGCCAAACACAAAUAUUGUAUCAGUAGUCAUGUGCAACUUCCAAUGGCCAAUACUUGGCGCAUCAUUAUUGAUUUUGCAAACAUUCUCAUUUUUAACAUUACUGGUAUUAUUUUGGCCCACUCACUGAUCGGCACGAAAACAACUAUUGUCGCACGUGAUUUUGGAUUUUCUAUUCUAUUGUAUAUUGCUCUUCAUCUCGGACGUCUAUUAUCCGCCAUUGUACUCUAUCCAUUUAUACGUUGGAGUGGUGUGCGCCUAUCUUGGAAAGAACAUAUGGUUCUGAUUUGGAGCGGUUUAAGAGGAAGUAUGUCCGUUAUUUUAGCUUUGAUGGUUGACUCCGAAAAUCAAAUCGAUAUCGAAACGAGACACCGUUUUCUUUUUCAUAUAUGUAUGAUUACCCUUCUUACACUGAUUAUCAACGGAACAAGCAGCAAGUUCUUAGUAAGACUUCUCGGCUUGGAUCACGGUAUGUACAUUAGUUAUUGACUUGUUCAAUUCAAUUUUUUCACUAUUCAUUACUGUCGAGCAAGUAGCGCGUGGCUCACUGAUACAACGAUUAUUUCAGACUGAGAAUAAAAAGUGAAGCUCACGAGGGAACCUCUUGAGGUGAUUAAAAGCUUUUCGACUCAGACUAUUUUCAUCAUGUAGGGAAUAGUGAGUAGUGAAAAACCCCAAGUUGGUUUGGGCCCAUGCGCCUUUUUGACGGAGAUAUGAGUUAAUUAAUGAAAAUGCCAUUAAUAAUAAUUAAUU